UAUUUUUCCUUCCCCUCCCUCCCCCCUCGAGUUUCGGUGGCUUUGGGAUUUGUAUGGCAGCGGCGUAACCGUGGAGAGGCCGGGGUAUCACAAACUUAUGGAUUUUGAUAAGAGAGGAGGGAAAGGGGAGACAGAGGAAGGCAAAAGAAUGUCCAAGGCAGGUGGAGGAAGGAGCAGCCAUGGGAGCCGGAGCGCAGGGACUAACUCUGGAGUCUUAAUGGUGGGCCCCAACUUCCGUGUCGGGAAGAAGAUUGGAUGUGGCAAUUUCGGGGAGCUCCGUCUAGGGAAGAAUCUCUACACGAAUGAAUACGUAGCUAUAAAAUUGGAACCGAUAAAAUCCCGAGCCCCACAGCUGCAUCUGGAAUAUCGGUUUUACAAACAGCUCGGAAAUGCAGAAGGAAUUCCUCAGGUUUAUUACUUUGGGCCCUGUGGGAAGUACAACGCCAUGGUGCUGGAGUUGCUGGGACCCAGCCUGGAAGACCUGUUUGACCUGUGCGAUCGGACCUUCACGCUCAAAACCGUCCUGAUGAUCGCAAUCCAGUUGAUCACUCGGAUGGAGUACGUUCACACCAAAAGCCUGAUCUACAGAGACGUCAAGCCGGAGAACUUCCUGGUGGGGCGGCCGGGCAGCAAGCGUCAGCACACCAUCCACAUCAUUGACUUUGGCCUGGCCAAGGAGUACAUUGACCCCGAGACCAAAAAACACAUCCCCUACCGAGAGCACAAGAGCCUGACGGGAACGGCGCGAUACAUGAGCAUCAACACACACCUCGGGAAAGAGCAAAGCCGCAGGGAUGACCUGGAAGCGCUAGGGCACAUGUUCAUGUACUUCCUGCGGGGCAGCCUCCCUUGGCAAGGGCUCAAGGCUGACACGCUGAAGGAGCGGUAUCAGAAGAUCGGAGACACCAAAAGAGCCACCCCCGUCGAAGUCCUGUGUGAAAACUUCCCAGAGGAGAUGGCGACCUACCUGCGCUACGUGCGGCGGCUGGAUUUCUUCGAGAAGCCAGAUUACGACUACCUGCGCAAGCUCUUCACAGACCUGUUCGACCGGAGUGGCUACGUCUUCGACUACGAGUACGACUGGGCCGGGAAGCCGCUACCAACUCCAAUCGGCACAAUCCACAGCGACGUCCAGGUGCAGCCUCCGAACAGAGACAAAGCACAGCCACACACCAAACACCAGCGGUGGGAAGAAGGGAGACUGGUAACAUCCCCAGUGGAAGGUUAUCCGCAGUGCGGUAGCUAUACCAGGCUCUUCACAGAACAAGAGGCCCAGUGCGAUCCCAGAGGAUCUGAUACACAGGAGCAGUCGCCCGAGGGGAACGAGUUGGGUGAUCCUCAGGCUAGUCAGCAGCCUGCCGAGGAACCUCUAGGAACUCACCUAGCGACCAGCAGGCUUGGGGGUUCUGUGCAGGUGAUGAGUUCCACCAACGGAGAACUGAACACGGACGACCCAACCGCGGGACAUUCGAAUGCCCCAAUCACGGCGCCCGCCGAGGUGGAGGUAGCGGAUGAUACAAAGUGCUGCUGUUUCUUCAAGAGGAGGAAGAGAAAAACCAUCCAGCGCCACAAGUGAUCUGCCAGGGACAUCACGGAUCGGUUUGUGCCGUAUCGCCUCUGACUCUGGCUAUGGAUGGGUCUAGAUUCCUGAUCAGAUCUGCAAGGCCUUCCUGCCCUCUGAUUUUGAUGGGGGUGGGGGAAGAGCCGUCAUGACUUCACCGCCCAGCACCACGUGUGUGGAUGGGGCGGGGGAGAGGGAAGUUCCCAAACUGCUUUACUUUUCCUCCACCACCACCACAUCCACCCGGUGGUCGUUUACUCAAACCAAGUCAGACUUUGCCGACGUUCCCACGCCCGCCUGUCGUGCAGUCCACGGAGAGCAUUAAGCUAUUUAAAAACGGAAACCAACCAACCAAACCCACGACGUGAAUUUCUUUUGAUUCUAUUAACUAGUUUGAAAACGGGGAUCAACUCUACAGACUCGAAAAACAUUGCUGGCGUAGAAGAAGGCGAAGACAAUUUCAAGAGCGGUGGGCUAUGGAGAUUUUUUUUCCCCCCUGUCGCUUCUUUAUCUCCGAAGUUAAUUUAAGUCUCGGUGCACAGUGCUGAGUUGUCAGUCUUUGACCUUCCUCUUUUUAGUGUUACGAAAUUCUGCUUUUCUUUUAAAGAUUGUGUUUUCCCUGUGAGCUCCCCCUCCCCCAUUUGGUUAAAAUUCUUUCCUUGUGGUGGCGAACAGUCGCUAUGUUAGCCGAGUCUCUGGUACGGUGACGCGUGGAGGAGGGACUCGUCGACACUUUCGUUUUACGAUGCACUUUUGCUAGCAAUACAAGCGAUGUUUGGUCUUGAAAUUAACAGUUUAGUAAUUAACUGGGGAAAGCAGGUGGGGGGAGGAGGGGGAGCCGAAUUUAGGGUCUCAGGAAUGGUUGGGAGCUUAUCGGAACCCUGAAGCCACGCCCUUGGCCAUUUGAAAUGGGCAACCUACCUUGGGGGCACCUGGCCAAGACCAAAGGGAAACUUGAUGUUAAAGAGCAAGGUAGAAAAAGGAUGUCUUAAUGGUCCCUGCAAUGAGCCUUGGGGUGGGGAUUGUUUCCUGGCGCCCAGGACAGCCUAGGACGUUUUUAUUGAGCACGGGAUAGCUGAGUCCUGCUUAUUCUCCUGGCAUGAGAGUUCAGUGUCCUCGUUUUAUGUGAAGUUGCUUAACUGGACUCUUUUUAAAAAAGACUUUCCUGGUGUCCAGGCCCCCAGCCUCGUGAAACUCCCCGUAGCUGAUAUUCUGAUCAGCAGGGACCUCCCAGGAGGACCAAGCG